AUGCCAUCUCUCAUACGCCUCGGUCGCUUCAAGCAACACACCAUGAAGCAAGAUGAUGAAUCCCAUCAAAUGAUCGCUUCGCCGCACAGUGACGAAACGCUCGGCCAUAGCGACAAAGAAAGCGAGUCGCAAUUCCCCUUGAAAGUCCGCCGAUCCUUUCGAACGCGAAUAACCGACUGGUAUUCAGGAUGGAGAUUCACGCUUGCAUUGGCGUCAUUUGCGAGCGUCAUCGUCCUGGCAUUCAAUCUCGGUUUUGUCAUAUGGGCUGCUGUGCACCGUAAGGUGGAGGGGAAUCGGGGGACUCUGCACGAGGGAAAUUGUGAGAAGGUGCAACAUAUGAGUACGGGUCUCCAUUUCGCCAUCAAUAUCCUCAGUACGAGUCUAUUGGGCGCAAGCAAUUACUGCAUGCAAUGCUUAUCCGCACCGACCAGGAAAGAUAUAGACCGUGCUCACGGUAAGGGUAGAUGGGUCGACAUAGGUGUGCCCAGUAUCCGAAAUCUACGACAGGCUGCCGUCGCCGACUAUUCUGUCAAUCCUCAAAGCACUGAUACACAUCCCAGGUACAACUCUACCAUCUUCGCCAUUACCUCGGCCAAUUCCUACCGGGUGUUUAUUGGACCAGAGGGCUUCGACAAACUGGAUGUCCAGAAUAUCACUCUCCACGAUGGAGACCCUGCCAGUGACGUCUUACUCCGGUUACAUGCCGAAGCGCAGAAUGGGACCCUUCAGCGCCUCGAUAUAUCUCAGUGUGUGAAUGCGUAUGCGACGGACUUCCAGACUUCCUAUGGGAGUUUGAUAGUUGUGACAAAUGAUACUGAUCAAGCCGGCCAAUACCACUCAGUCCAAUAUCAGGCCACUUUUGUGCCGGUGGAGAAUCUCGGAGCUAAAGCUUCUGACCCGUAUCAGUGGAUUUGUUCAUCACAAAGACAGGCAAAAGAUCGUACUUGUGGCCAGCUUCUUUCAGACGUAAAGGACCAAGUUUCCAAGAACAAUUGGUACGUGUAUGGCUACCAAGUCGGAUACUGUCUUGCCGAGCGCCCACCGCAACGUUGUAAGCUAGAAUACAGCCUCCCACUAGCGAUUAUCGUGGUUGUAUUCAACUUGGUGAAGGCAAUCAUCAUUGGAUAUACAGCUGCCAAUGUGACGACGAAACCUAUCUUGACAACAGGAGAUGCAGUCGCGUCUUUCAUACAGAGACCCGACAAUUUUACACGGGGCCACUGUCUCCUCACCAGUGAAUCUGUGAAGAAGCGGACCCACCGACCAAGUUACAAGUCGUCGACCUUCAACAGCACGCCAAAGCGAUGGCACGCCGCAGUCUCAGGCAAGCGUUACCUCCUUGGACUUGUCUCAUAUACCCUCGCCAUCCUCAUCGUCAUCUCCCUUUGUGUCUUCGGAGUUUUGACUAUAAGGGAUACAUCGAGCACCUGGACGAUGGGCCUCGGCGCCGUCAACGCCCAAACCCUAAUCACUGGGACCGAUUGGGUAACAUCACUCAUAUCCAACGCCCUUAUCGCCAAUACGCCCCAACUACUCUUCUCCAUGAUCUACUUCACCUUCAACGCCAUCUUCACUGCCAUGACCCUUGCAGCGGAAUGGAGCCGAUACGCCAACCACCGCAAGGGUCUGCGUGUGUCCGGUACGCCCGAAAACGCCCAACGCAGCAGCUACUUCCUCUCCCUCCCCUACCGCUUCGCGGUCCCAGCGUUGGCCUUCUCCGCCAUUCUCCACUGGCUCAUCUCGCAGAGUCUGUUCUUGGUUGGGAUCGAGUCGUACACCGAGAAAUUACAACGGGACCCCACGCGGGACGUUAUGACGUGCGGAUACUCUCCUCCGGCUAUGGUGAGUGCGAUCGUUGUGGGGACGGUGAUGAUGGCCUGGCUGGUCGGGUUCAGUUUCCGGCGGUUGGAGUCCGGGAUGCCUGUGGCGGGGAGUUGUACUGGCUAUUGCGGCGGCUUGUCAUCCUACGUUAAGUCUUAA